AUGUUGGACCAAAUAAACUCUUGCCUGGAUCACCUAGAAGAGAAGAAUGAUCUUUUACACGCCCAGCUUCAGGAUCUUUUGGAAUCCAAUCGGCAGGCGCGGCGUGAUUUCCAGCAGCAGAUAAGCCAGAAUGGAAUUGGGAAUUCUGCACAACAGGAGGCUGAAAUGUAA